AUGUCAAGCUUUAAUCCCAGUAUUCGUGCCUCCGCCCUGGAGAAGCUCGCGAAAUUAGCUGUCAACGCAUCAGAAGACAGUGACAAUACCGAGAUCAACCAACUCACUCGACAGUGUCAAAUUUUGGGAAAUCGAUCGAAUGGUAUGCUCAAUGGCGUAUUGCACAGUCAAUCACCGGUGUCCCAGGUACCUAUGGACAUUCGAGAAUUAUGUGUCUUAGUGUCUUUGUGCAAAGCCGCGCCUUCGGUCACUAAGGAGGAGCAUGCGUCCCAAUUGGUGUCUCAGUUAUCUCAGUACCUCCCGGAGUCCCAUGGCCAGGUUUUUCGCCCAUCGCCAUUCCUACACGAUAUUGAACCGGCGCCAUGGGAGGCGCUUUCUUACAACCUUACAUUUGCGCUUCUCCAUCUUGGGUCCGAGUAUCCGUCGCUGCGCGAGACUGUCCUUGGUUCUGUCGACGAAUAUCUAUAUAACUGUACGGAGGUAGUCAAUGUUCUGAUAUCUGCUCCGCCAUGUCAUUCGGGGGAUAAUGCACUUGAUUCUGCCCAUGAGUCUGUCAACAUGCUGGCUAUUUGUGUUUCGAUUGUUGGCUUUCUAGAAGCCGCAGCCAAAUUCACUGCAUUUUGGUCUGCCACUGAGAAGUUGCGGAUGGUCGACCGCUUGCGAUUAAUAUUCUCAGAGAACUGUAUGGUGGCGAUUGAGACAGCUUCAUCUACGGUACGCAGUGCAGGCGUUUUAGACAGAGCACUUCGGGAUUGGAGAAGAUAUACUCGCCGCUAUACUGCCAAAGGCCGCCCGCUAGGAGCAAUGCUUCUGCAGGAAAGCUACAUGCGAUUCAUUAAAUCGUGCGUCACAUCUCUAUUUGGGGCGCAGAACAUGUCAGAUGAUGAACUAUUGGAUGACUAUGUGGAUGGGGUGGGUAUUGCAAGGAGUCAUGAUGAGGCUGAGAUAUCCCUUAUCAAUCGCCUAACCGCCAUCAUUGGUGAUGAAAUCCAACUCCUGGAGGAUAGCUCCGACUAUUUACAAGUUGGCUCACCCUGGCAACAGCGACUUGCUUUUUCUGUGAAGGCACUAGCCUUGAUGGGGUAUCUCAACUGUAUCAUCAUAAACAAGGAUACAGCAAAUAGCGAUGACUUUCUGUCAUGGCUAGAAGAUACCCUUAUAGACCCGAGUCAAAUGUCAUGCACCGAACUUGCGACGACCACUUUGAAGUGCAUAACAAUUAUCUCCCGGGCAUCUAUCAAUAGCGCGUCCUCUGGAAGUCGCUCGCUCCUACGAUUCAUCGUCGAAGGCGGUAUACAGGUGGGAGUCAUAGGAUCUGUUGCUGCCCAAUGUCUUUCUCGAGUUCUCGGCGUUCUCUCUCAGGACUCAGUCAUAACCACCCUUUAUUCGCUAGGAAAUGUUCUGAGUCCGGGGUCUGGUAGCGACAAGCCAUAUCCAGGUCAAAUGAAUGGGGAACCUACAGGGCUUACUCUCAGCCAAUUCCAAAAAACCAAAAACGGAAGCAUAGCCUCCAUUUCCGUGAACGAGACGGAAGACAAUACACCAUACCGCAGCAUUGUUCACGCUAUUAUAACGAUUGCAACCAGUUGUCACGAUGAACAGAUCAGUGCCCUGGCACAGUCGAUGCUUCUACAAAAAAUUGGCAAAUUGAACACUACAGUUGACUCCUGUAUCAUCAAGGAAACAGCAGCGCUCUCUAUAACUACAGCGCAAGCUGAAUUCCAACUCCUUUUGAAAUUCUAUGACCGUGUUUUUCAUGAUGGCAUUGCCAAGGGAUAUGAAAAUGUCGUGAGCGCGGUUUCAAGUGCAAUGACGUACCUUUCGCUUUCGCUUGAAAAAAGCUCCCCACUUUACAGAGUUUAUCUUGUUCAUUUGUUGGAAAGCAUAGUGAACAAAGGCGAUGCAACAAACCUCGAGCAUGAAAGACACAAAGAUAUAACCUUUGCGCCUGAAGAUAUCAGUCCUCUCCUAAAGCCGUUGGCAUUGUUAGUAUCUUCCCAAACGGAGCUUGAGCAGCGUUUAGAGCAUUAUGACCAGGAUGUAUCUACUUUGUUCCGCGACGCGUGGUUCAAUAUCGCCGUCCAUGGAAUAUCGCUCAAUUCAGCUGUCGGACGAAAUCAUUACGAAGAGUUACGCUUGCUCGCAAAAUAUUCUCCUCCUCUUGUGCCCGAAGACCGUAUGGAUAUGAUUGAGAGCGACGUGGAGCUUAAUACUGUCCUCAGGCGCGGCAUGGGCCCACAACGACUCGUCGCGCAAAAGAAAGGGUUGGUCGGUGAAUUGCCCCAUCGGGAGCUCGAUAUAAAGCGUUUAAACUACCCCAAGGCAGUGUUUCUGAACGCUGCUUUGUUGCUUGAGAAUUUACGUGCAUUCUCGGGAUCAUGUACGAAGCCACUGGGCUAUUUCCGGGAUCCUGCGCUUGCUACUACUGAGAUGGCUAGCUGUAUGACCGCCAUUGCGGAUAAGGUUGUGGGCUGUUAUCUUAAAUUGACGCUCGCUGGCCGACAUGAAGAUUUCUCUAUUCCAUUUCUAUCGAAAGAAUUAGCAGGUUUCUUCAUAGCCUGCUGCCAUCGAAUAGAAAGGAUUCAAACGGUAGCUAUCAUGUGCGCAAACAAAAUUAUACAGGAGUGCCCAUCGGCUCUAUGUGAGAAGCAUUCUUUAUUUGCAGUGCUCGAGCUCCUAACUGUCGUGUGGCGGUCUUGUCUUGAAGAAGAACUUGACGAGUUCGAAUGGAGGUCCUCGUUCACAUCUCAUAUAGGGCAUGUUAAGGUCGACCUUCCCGAUAAUUAUGGGUACAGAAGAAAGACAUUUGACGUAUUGCUUGAACGAGCAAGGGUGUGGAUAACGACAGUCAUGGACAUUGCGCCUCUUGAUAUGAAGGGUCUCCUUCAGAGCUAUUUAUCCGCGUCUGAUGAUAACGAUGGAUAUGGCGAUGUCUCAAUGGGCCGUUCAUUUGCACUUGAAAUGGGAUCCCUUAUACCACAAACCGACCACCGAAUCGGCUCGAUCGAAAGCCAUGGGUUGAUGAAGGUCAAUGUUGCCUCGAAUUUCAUUGCUCAACACACAGCCCGUCAGAAAUAUCGUCGCCCUAAGUUUUCUAACUCUAAAGACGGUGUGUCGGGCUACGAUUCGAUUGCCGCCUCGCUAUCCUCACUCGAGUCAAUAAGAGAUGCAUUGCAGCGUGCUGCUGCGCUAUUAUGUAGCAGCAACCUUGUACACGCUACUAUUGCCCAUUACCUCGUUUCACUGCCGUUCCAGAUAUUUUCUCAAGAGUCCAUCAGCAUUGGUAUCUCGCUCUGGCUGGGCGCAAUCCACGAAAAUCCUAGAUUGGAACCAACGCUUCUGUUCGCGGUGGUUCAGGAAUGGGAGAAGACAGUCCUACGAAGACAGGGACUCUUUAACCCCUCAUUCAAUCAUGUCGACCCAAUGUAUGCCAAAAUUGAACUCUUGCCAACAAACAAGGAUUCGAUGCUUCAACAACAGAAGCUGGCACAGAAUAUACUUGCGCCACAUUUAGAGGUCAUACAGUUCUUUGAGAGUCAUUUUAAUGCUAUCCGACUAGGAAAUACUCAGACUCAACGUGUAUUUUGUCGUUUCAUUGACAGUACGUCAGUGGGACUUUUGCAUGCCAGCAAUCAUCCACUGGCCCGGGAGCUACAUUUCCGCAUAGUUUCCUUUUGUCUUAGGGUUCUCAGGCAUUGUGUCUCCCUUGAUAAUGUGACAUUGUGGAAGCUCAAACAUCAAAUUCUGUCCUCUGCUCUUAGCUGGUUUAGCCACCCGCCUAAAUGGUCCUUUGGUGGCAAUAGAUUGCAGCUGAAAGCCGAAGACAAGAUUCUGAACGAUGUCAUAACUGCUCUAGCGAAAGCUUCUUCUGUUGGCUGCAACACUCGAUGGCCAUAUACAUCAUUACAGGCGAAACAGGAUCUUCUCCAGGUACUAAUAGAAAACGAAAGAUCGCGACUCAAGGUCUGGUUGUUUCCGUUAGAGCCUGAUCGGAAGCAUAACGUAGCCCAAUCUCCUCUCAGCAAACAUCUCACAGAGGAGAAUAUGCUGCGGAUUGCCUGGGCUGAGAGUCCUGGGCUGGCUAUCCAGCUUGCCACACGGUUCCCGUCUGGAAAACUCAGCAAUGACAUUCGAAAGCUGCUCCUUAGCUUUCCGGAAAAGGCCAUUGAUGAGCCUGGUAGUCUUGAGAUUAUGUUCGAAUCAGCACUACCAGCCGAUGUUUCCUCUCAGCUCAAAUACUUGCUAUACUGGGCCCCCGUCAACCCAAUCGAAGGCUUAACCUAUUUCUUGCCUGCGUAUGGCAACCACCCCUUCAUUUUGCAAUAUGCGAUGAAAGCAUUAGAGAGCCAUUCUCUUGAUGUUAGGUUUUACUUCGUUCCACAAUUGGUACAAGCUCUUCGCUAUGAUGCUCUAGGCUAUGUCGAGCGGUACAUCCUGGAAACUGCAAAACAAUCUCAACUGUUUGCUCAUCAAGUGAUAUGGAAUAUGAAAGCCAAUUCCUACAAAGAUGAGGAUUCUCAAGUCCCGGAUCCUCUCAAGCCGACCUUAGAUAGGUUUAUGGACGCCUUGGUUACUAGUUUUACCGAGGAUGAACGCAAUUUCUACCAAAGAGAGUUCUCGUUCUUCAACGAAAUCACGGGGGUCUCCGGUAAACUCCGCCCGUACAUCAAGAAAAGCAAACAAGAAAAGAAGGAAAAGAUUGAGGAAGAGCUCCGCAAGAUCAACGUUGAAGUUGGUGUUUAUCUCCCUAGUAACCCUGACGGUGUCGUGGUGGGUAUCGAUCGCAAGUCGGGGAAGCCUCUGCAAAGCCAUGCAAAGGCACCUUAUUUGGCAACUUUCAGGAUUCAAAAGACCCGCACACGAUGGGACGAAAACGCCACUAGGGGCUUAGCAUCGGCUGCAUCCAACCCAACGCAAAAUCGCCAAUCGAACUCACACCAGGAGACUUAUGAGGUCUGGCAGUCGGCUAUUUUCAAAGUUGGAGACGACUGCCGUCAAGAUAUGCUCGCUUUGCAGAUGAUCGCAGCUUUCCGAGGUAUUUUUUCAAGUAUCGGGCUUGACGUUUGGGUGUUCCCAUAUCGAGUGACAUCUACAGCACCGGGAUGUGGGGUCAUCGACGUCCUGCCAAACUCGAUAUCUCGGGAUAUGCUCGGCCGAGAAGCCGUCAAUGGGUUGUAUGACUAUUUCGUUUCCAAGUACGGCGGCGAGGAUUCAAUCCAGUUCCAGGAAGCGCGAACAAACUUUGUCAAAAGCAUGGCAGCCUAUUCCGUCAUUUCUUAUCUGAUGCAGUUCAAGGAUCGACACAACGGUAACAUCAUGUUCGACGACGCCGGCCAUAUUAUUCAUAUCGACUUUGGUUUCUGCUUCGACAUCGCACCCGGUGGAGUACGCUUCGAGCGCGCACCGUUUAAGCUCACAUCAGAAAUGGUGGCCGUGAUGAGUGGCACUCCACAAUCCCAUGCAGGCGGUCAUAGUGGCUCUGGCAACGGGCGUUUACCAGGAGCGUCUCACAAUCCUACGCAGACUCAAGCAUACCGAUGGUUUGAGUCUCUGGUCGUGAAAGCAUUCCUCGCGUCUCGACCGUAUAGCGCCAAACUGUCGCACAUCGUGGCAUUGAUGUUGGACAGUGGCCUGCCUUGCUUCAAGCCUGAGACGCUGAAGCACUUCCGCGAUCGAUUUGUGCUUGACAAGAGCGAGAGAGAAGCGGCGGAGUUUAUGCGCGAGCUGGUGCGCAAAUCCUAUUUGAGUGUGUCUACAAAGGGAUACGACCAGUUCCAGCUCCUAACAAACGGCAUUCCGUACUAG